GAAAUCAGUGUGAAAAAGUAGCUGAAGCCUCCCACUGCCAUGUGUUAUAUUUUUAAUGACAAUAACUUUAAUAUGUGAUUAACAUUUGUGUGGCAUUUAUAUUCUUUUCUUGUCAUAGUUUGUUUCUAUGUUUACGUUCAUCCAUAUUAAUAACGACCUAAUGGAAAAUGUAUAAUAUCGUACCUCAGGAAACAGGAAAAUAAUACCGUCAAAUCAUGGAUAACUACAGAUUCGGCACGAUAGACUACAUAGUGCUUCUGGGAGUGACGGUAUUAUCUACUGGUACGGGAAUUUACUUUGGUAGCUUAAGGAAACCCCAGAAAAAACGGCAAGAUGUGAAUGUUCCCCGGCCCAGUCGAAAGCAAAAUCUUGGGUCUGAAAAAAUAGACGAAUACCUUUUGGGUUCUCGGAAUAUGAAAGUGGUUCCAGUAGCCAUUAGUCUUAUAGGCAGCUACGUUUCAGGCGUUACCAUUAUAGGCACACCUUCAGAGAUCUACCAUUAUGGCACGCAGUACUUUCUUGUUGUCAUAGGAAUAAUGCUCCAAGGAAUUGCCCUCUCCUUCAUUUAUUUACCCGUGUACUCGGCUCUUAAAGUUGGUUCAGCCUUCGAGUACUUGGAGUUGCGAUUUAACUCGAGUGUUAGAGGCGUGUCUUCUUUCAUGUCUAUUUUCUCUACAUUUACAUAUAUGCCAUUCGUUGUAUUUGUUCCGGCGUUAUCCUUAAAUCAGGUUUCAGGCCUAAACCUUAACCUGAUUGAAGUGGUAGUUAUAUUAUCUUGCGUUAUUUAUACCUUCAUGGGUGGUCUCAAGGCUGUGGUCCACACGGAUGUCUGGCAAGUGGUGGUUAUGUUUCUUUCCAUGGUGGCAGUAGCUGUUUUAGCCAUAUACUACUCCAAUGGGUUGGGAGCCAUUUUCGACGAUGUGGAAAAGGGUGGACGAUUAAUACUCACCAACACGAAUCCCUCACCAUAUGUACGCCACACCGUUUGGAGCGCUAUUAUCGGAGGCUUCUCAUACUUUACCGCCAUUAAUGCCUGUGGUCAACACAUGGUACAGCGGUAUAUGUCACUACCGUCGCUAAAGAAAUGCCAACAGGCCUCUUUUCUUUUCACGAUUGGAGUGGCUAUCUUUGUGUCCGUCUGUUGUUUUUCCGGAUUGCUCAUUUUUUCCAAGUACAAGGAUUGUGAUCCCCUGAGUGCUGGACUUAUUACGAAUGACGAUCAACUUAUGCCGCUGUUUGUCGUCCAAAGUAUGGGUCAUUUAUAUGGGAUGCCUGGCCUAUUUAUAGCCGGAAUUUUCGGAGCUGGCCUAAGUUCUCUUUCGUCCUGUUUCAAUACGAUUUCCUUGGUGUUUUUGGAAGACAUAGUUCGUGGUUUCUUCAAAAGGCAGCCCAGCGAGAGGGUAUCAACUAUACUCAUCAAAUCGAGUAUUAUAUUCCAGGGAGUUCUGACUUUUUUUCUCGUAUUUCUGCUACAUUACUUGCGAGGCAUUUUGAGUGUUUGCACCUCGAUUGCGUCCAUCGCUAGUGGUACUUUUUUGGGUAUAUUUACCCUGGGAAUGCUGGUUCCUUGGGCCAAUACGACUGGCGCUGCAGUGGGAGGAAUAUCGAGCAUCCUGCUGGCAGGAUGGAUUACGUUUGGAUCGCAGAUUGCGGCAGCCUCGGGACAACUCAAAUCACAGAUGCUUCCCGUUUCGGUGGAGGGAUGUUUGGGCAAUGUGACUAUCCCAGAAGAACACUGGGUGGAUCAGGAUGAGGUGUUCCCACUGUACCGCCUUUCAUACCAAUGGAUAAAUCCCAUUGGGCUGGUCACAGCCUUGGUGGUGGGUGCAUUGGUAUCGCUCGUAACAAAACCCACCGAUAUUAAGAGUCUUAGAGCAGAAUUGAUGUCGCCAGUGAUCCAUAGAUUUCUACCCAAGGAAUGCUUUGAGGCUUGCAACCAAAAUCUAGACACUCCAGAGACCCUUCUGAAUCAAGUGCUUCAGGAAUAUGAAGAAGAUUUCAUUGUUAGUCCCUUAAGAAAUAAGAAUUCAUUCAAAUAACAUAUUAAUAAAUUACAAUUUAAAAAUGUAUAUGUAUAUGUAUGUAUAUACAUUUUAUAAAGCAUUUAACAAAAUUUUUUUAGUUACAUAUAAACCAACAAAGUUGAAGAAUAAAUUCAAAUUUAAGAGCAGAA